CAACAAAGCUUCCAUCUUCUUAUUCCGCCGCCGCCACUAGAGUUUCCCCUUCUCGCUAAGGGUUCAUCGGUCCCCAGCCCUUCCACCCCAACCCCAGCUCGGAUCCAGGCGAUGGCGGUCACGGGAGACACCAAGAAGAUCAAGAUGAUCAUGCUAAAGACCUCAGAUGGUGAUGAGUUUGAGGUCGAGGAGGCGGUCGCCAUGGAGUCCCUGACCAUCCGCCACAUGAUCGAGGAUGAGUGCGCCGACAACGAGAUCCUAAUCCCCAACGUCGAUUCCAAGAUCCUCUCCAAGGUCAUCGAGUACUGCUACAAGCACGUCCAUGCCAAGCCAUGCGCUACCGCCGGUGGAUCCACCUGUGUCGUUGCAUCUGAUACCGCGGCUAACGCCACCCUAGCAGAGGACCUCAAGAACUGGGAUGUAGAGUCCGUCAAGGUCAACCCGACCGUCCUCUACGACAUCAUCCUGGCUGCAUGCUAUCUUAACAUCGAGGCACUGGUGAACCUAAUAUCCCAGACUAUGACCGACAUGAUCAAGGGCAAAACUACGGAGGAGAUACGCAAGAUGUUCAACCUGAAGAACGACUUCAUGCUCGAGGAGUAGGAGAAGAUUCAUAGGGAGAACCAAUGGGCAUUUGAGUAGAGGAGCGUCUAAGCUACACUGAAUGAACGCUUACUGUUCAUCAUGUCAACCUUUGAGAUCCCUUCUUUAUGUCGUAAUGGGUUUUAAUUUCUGGGCCCUAUGAGGUGGUUAUGUUUGAGAGAACAAAAAACUAUUGUGGUUAGUGGUCAUCACUUGUCAAACAUCGUAUCAUUUUCAU